AUGAAGGCAGCAGCGACCCUCCUGGCUCUCUCUCUCCUUCAAGCCUGUUCCUCAGUCCCCGUCAGCCGCCCCACCAACUGGCUCAGACAAUGUCGAGCCUCCACCAACCUCUCCAUCACAGCACUGGAGGUGCUGCCAGGUGGAGGCUGGGACAAUCUCAGGAACACGGACAUGGGUCGAGUCAUGAACCUCAGCUACUUCCAGUGCCAGACCACCGAGGACGGGCUCUACCUCAUCCCAGAUGAGGUGUUCGUCAUCCCCCACAAGGAGACGAGUGUGGGGACCAACUCAGAGAUCAUCAGCUCCUGGCUGGAGCAGAAAAGCUCAACAUCCAGCUCCAUAAAUGCAGAAGUUUCCUAUUUCAGCUUGCUGAAUGGCAAAUUUUCUGAGGAGAACCAGAGGAUGAAAACCCAUCAGGUCAAAGAUUCUUCAACUACAGCCAGAGUCCAAAUUCGUAACUUCAUCUACACAGUUAAGGCAUAUCCGGACUUCACUCUGGACUCACGAUUUGCUCAACAAGCCAAAGAUAUUGCAGAUGCAAUUGAAAACAACCAAACCAGGAAUGCCAACUAUCUCUCAGAGAAGAUGGUGCUGGACUAUGGAACCCAUGUUAUCACUAGUGUCGACGCUGGAGCCACUUUGAUGCAGGAGGACUACCUCAAUUCUUCAUACGUGACAGACAAUGUGUCACAAAGUUCCUCCAUCACAGCGCAGGCAGGCUUCAACUUUUUUGCCAAACUCAAGUUUGACAUAAGCAUUCCAAAUACCCAACAGAGCUCAUCACUGCAAACCUAUCAGUCCAACAUUAAGUACUGGUUUAUUCAGAGCCAUGGCGGCACACCCUUCUAUCCUGGCAUCCCUCUGCAGAAGUGGCAGGAAAAUAUCAGGAACAACCUGGUUGCUAUUGACCGGUCAGGCUUCCCUCUACAUAACUUUAUAAACACCAAAACCUUCCCUGAUCUGCCACCGCCGACAGUCGGCAAAGUGGCCCUUGCAGUGAGUCAGGCUGCUGAGCGUUACUACAAGGUCAACACGCGGCCUGGAUGUGUCGACAUCAGCUCCAAGAACUUCAACUUCCAAGCCAACAUUGAUGAUGCAUCCUGUGAAGGCCCCGCCACAAACCUCAAUUUUGGUGGCGUGUACCAACAGUGUGUUCCUCUCAGCACGGAUGCUGGUCCACUAUGUGAAGCCCUGGCCCAGAAGAACCCUGAUACAGGGAACUUCACAUGUCGUUCGCCUUACUCUGCUACUUUACUGAGAUCAGAAGUGAGACAGCAGGGUUACACAACCUAUGACUGCUAUGACCAACCCUACCGGUGUGGAUUUUUGUACUUGUCAUCUUGCAAUCGUCAAGUGUGUCAGGACAACUACCAUGUUCGCUCUGCUCGCAUCAACACUAACUGGUGCUCCGUAAACGGACAGGCCCCAGAAAACUCAGGGUAUCUGUUUGGAGGCAUAUACAGCCCCUCUCUCCUGAACCCCCUCACCAAUGCCAAAAGAUGCCCCGCAAACUUCAUUCCCUUGAAGUUUCUCUCAGAUGGCCAAGUGAUCUGUGUGAGUAACGACUAUGAAGCUGGCAGCAAAUACGCAGUUCCAUUCGGAGGCCUCUUCAGUUGUGAGUCAAGCAACCCCUUGGCAAAGGAUCAGCGUCGCUGCCCUUCUAAGUUCAGUCAGCACCUCGCCACAGUGAGUGACGGCUGUGAAAUCCUUUACUGUGUUCAGUCAGGUCUGUUCACAGGUGGGCAGCUGCUUCCGAUCCGUCUGCCUCCUUUCACUAAACCUCCACUUGUCAGCAUGCAAGCCACAAACACAGUCAUGGUGAUGACUGAAGGAGAGAAGAGCUGGGUCAGAGUGGGGCAGACGAAGGCGUGGAAACUGGCCAAACCAGAGGAAAUCAAGGAGAUUGUACGGGAGCUUAACCCAGAACUGAAUCAGAUGUCUAGUGAUGAAAAGGCAGGGGUAGCCUUUGGGGUGAUGGGUAUGAUGGGGCUGGUGAUAGUGGCGGUAGUCCUGGUAGUCCUAGUCCUGAGGAGAAGGAGGAGGCUGUCUGUGUUUAGCCGAGCUGAAGGCUUUGUGGAAAUGAGUUCAGAGGUCGAGCGUAAUGAAGGAGGCGAGAGAGAGACACAGCAAGGAGAGGCCUAG